AAUGUAAGCAGUAUGUGAUUCAAAGAUGUCUACCAUAUGGAUUUGAAUGGAUCAACUUUCAGAGAACAGUGACAUCAGAGAACAGUUCUCAACUUCUGAAGCCCUGUGAGCCCAGGAAGCAGGCCAAGGCCAAGGUUAUGAGGAGAUGAUGCUGAACAGGAACAGUCUACUCUGGAUUCAUCAUGAAUGGAAAGCGCGACUGAAAUCACAGUUCUCUCAAGGUUUUUCCCGCCCUCCCGCCAUUAGCAUCUAUGAUGGCCACCUGUGGUCUUACACCGAUGCCUGAUGGCGGCCCCUGGACUGUAGUGUGCGCAUGCGUGAGUGGGCGCACCUGUGCCUGGAGACUGAGCAUAUAAGGGCAGCGUCAGAGAGGCACAAAGAGCAGGAUGUAGUAGCAGAGUGUGGCGGCAGAGGAUCAUGUGGCAGAGAGCUGUAGAGACCAAAGAAGAUACCACGAGAGAGCCCAGACGGAGUAAAGAUUCCACGGGGUUAGGAGGCCUCCCAGGGCCCCCAACUCCCCUGCCUGCCCUGUGUCUAGUUGACUCACUACAAAUGGUGUAGAAAGAUCAUUAAGAGCCUGAAAAAAGCCACUGAGGCUCCAGGACUUCUCCUUUACCUGUCUGCGGGCCUGGAUCAUGGAAAACCUGCUCUGUGCCUUGCUGGUGCUACACAAAGUGGCAAACAGCUUGGCUGAAAAGGAUACCCCAUACUUUGCAGAGAAAAAGGAAACUCACGUGGGAGUCCAGGUGAGGUCAUAGAAUCUCAGACCACACUGUCAGUAAAUGGGAAAGUGAAGAUUCACAUCCCGCUCUUCUGACAGAAGAACCAGGGGGAUUUCCACUACCCAGCAGCUGCCUGCUAUGUACAACAGCCUGCACUAGAUGCUGCCAAAGAUACAACAGUGAGAACUCAGUUCCCACAGACCUGAUGACUGAGGUACAGGAUUAUCAUGGGCAUAAAAUUUGCGACCCUUACGCUUGGCUUGAAGACCCAGACAGUGAGCAGACAAAGGCUUUCGUGGAAGCCCAGAACAAGAUUACUGUGCCAUUUCUUGAACAGUGUCCUAUCAGAGGUUUAUACAAAGAGAGAAUGACUGAGCUGUAUGACUAUCCCAAGUAUAGUUGCCACUUCAAGAAGGGAAAACGGUAUUUCUAUUUUUACAAUACAGGUUUGCAGAACCAACGAGUAUUAUAUGUACAGGAUUCCUUAGAAGGUGAAGCCAGAGUGUUCCUUGACCCCAACAUACUCUCUGAUGAUGGCACAGUGGCACUCCGAGGCUAUGCAUUCAGUGAAGAUGGUGAAUAUUUUGCCUAUGGUCUAAGUGCCAGUGGUUCCGACUGGGUAACGAUCAAGUUCAUGAAAGUCGAUGGUGCCAAAGAGCUUCCAGAUGUGCUCGAAAGAGUCAAGUUCAGCUGUAUGGCCUGGACCCAUGAUGGGAAGGGAAUGUUCUACAAUUCAUAUCCCCAACAAGAUGGAAAAAGUGAUGGCACAGAGACAUCCACUAAUCUCCACCAAAAGCUCUGCUACCACGUCCUGGGGACUGAUCAGUCAGAAGAUGUUUUGUGUGCUGAGUUUCCUGAUGAGCCCAAAUGGAUGGGUGGAGUUGAGUUGUCAGACGAUGGUCGUUAUGUCUUAUUAUCCAUAAGGGAGGGAUGUGAUCCAGUAAACCGACUCUGGUACUGUGACCUACAGCAGGAACCCAAUGGCAUCACUGGUAUCCUGAAGUGGGUAAAACUGAUAGACAACUUUGAGGGAGAGUACGACUACGUGACCAACGAGGGGACAGUGUUCACGUUCAAGACAAAUCGCCACUCGCCCAACUACCGCCUGAUCAACAUCGACUUCACAGAGCCUGCAGAGAGCAAGUGGAAAGUGCUUGUUCCCGAGCAUGAGAAGGAUGUUUUAGAAUGGGUAGCCUGCGUCAGGUCUAACUUUCUAGUGUUAUGCUACCUCCAUGACGUGAAGAACACGCUGCAACUACAUGAUUUGGCCACCGGUGCUCUCCUCAAGUCCUUCCCGCUCGAUGUUGGCAGUGUCGUGGGCUACAGCGGUCAGAAGAAGGAUACCGAAAUCUUCUAUCAGUUUACAUCCUUUUUAUCUCCAGGUAUCAUUUAUCACUGUGAUCUUACCAAAGAGGAACUGGAGCCAAGAGUCUUCCGAGAGGUGACUGUGAAAGGAAUUGAUGCUUCCGAUUACCAGACAGUCCAGAUUUUCUAUCCUAGCAAGGAUGGUACAAAAAUUCCAAUGUUCAUUGUGCAUAAAAAGGGCAUCAAGCUGGACGGCUCUCACCCUGCUUUCUUAUACGGCUAUGGUGGCUUCAAUAUAUCCAUCACCCCCAACUAUAGCGUCUCCAGACUUAUUUUUGUGAGACACCUGGGCGGGGUGCUUGCAGUGGCCAAUAUCAGAGGCGGCGGCGAAUACGGAGAGAUGUGGCAUAAAGGUGGGAUCUUGGCCAACAAACAAAAUUGCUUUGAUGAUUUUCAGCGUGCUGCUGAGUAUCUUAUCAAGGAAGGUUACACGUCUCCCAAGAGGCUGACUAUUAACGGAGGUUCAAAUGGAGGCCUUUUAGUGGCUGCUUGUGCAAAUCAGCGCCCUGACCUCUUUGGUUGUGUGAUUGCCCAAGUUGGAGUAAUGGACAUGCUGAAGUUCCAUAAAUACACUAUCGGUCAUGCCUGGACCACCGAUUAUGGGUGCUCAGACAGCAAACAGCACUUUGACUGGCUUAUUAAAUACUCUCCAUUGCAUAACGUGAAGUUGCCGGAGGCAGAUGACAUCCAGUACCCAUCCAUGCUGCUCCUCACCGCUGACCACGAUGACCGCGUGGUCCCGCUUCACUCCCUGAAGUUCAUUGCCACCCUCCAGUACAUUGUGGGUCGCAGCCGGAAGCAGAGCAACCCCCUGCUCAUCCAUGUGGACACCAAGGCGGGCCACGGGGCUGGGAAGCCAACAGCCAAAGUGAUAGAAGAAGUCUCGGAUAUGUUUGCGUUCAUAGCGAGGUGCCUGAACAUCGACUGGAUUCCGUAAAUGGAAUUUCCCACUCCCUCCUGACAGCCGCAGAAGACGUCAAGGGCUUUCACACCAUUAAAACCGAGAAACCACUGGGCAUAACGCUUCCCCACAUGAACACUAUUCCUGCCCUUACAGACUGCAGUUAAACAGAACUGCCGCAGGGAUUUUAUCUUUUUUAGGCUUCUCCUUUUUAGCAAGCCCUUGGUGUUUUUUCCAUCCUAUGCGGGCACAUGAAACAGGCAUGUUUGGGUAAAUAGCUAAAUGGCAGCCAACACAUUGUGAAUAUUAGAUUGCUGAAUUAAGAGUCGUAGUCGGGCAUAUUCAUAUAUAGCACUUUGGUGAAAUUUGCUUCUAUAACCACAGUCAAUAUAUCUUUAAAUAAACCUGAGACCUGUUCUCAUGAUAAAGACUUCUUUGCAACAAUAAUAAAUAUUAUUUAAGAAUG